AUCAAUGGCCAUCCGAAACUGGACAGACACCGUGAGCACCCUCCUGGUUAUGACAGUUCUUCUACCAUGAUGAGUAGUGAGCUAGAGUCCAGCAGCUUCAUUGACUCUGAUGAUGAUGACAACACGAGCAGGUUGAGUAGCUCCACUGAGCAAAGUACUUCAUCCCGGCUUAUACGGAAGCAUAAACGCAGGAGGAGGAAACAAAGGAUGCGGCAGAUUGACAGGUCGUCUUCGUUCAGCAGCAUCACUGAUUCUACCAUGUCCCUAAAUAUCAUCACUGUCACACUCAACAUGGAAAAGUAUAACUUCCUGGGAAUCAGCAUUGUAGGACAGAGCAAUGACCGGGGUGAUGGUGGCAUAUACAUUGGCUCUAUUAUGAAAGGAGGGGCUGUGGCAGCAGACGGCCGAAUUGAACCAGGAGACAUGCUUCUGCAGGUGAAUGAUGUCAAUUUUGAGAACAUGAGCAAUGAUGAUGCAGUACGGGUUUUACGGGAAAUAGUCUCCAAACCAGGACCUAUCAGCCUAACAGUAGCCAAAUGCUGGGACCCCACUCCCAGGAGUUAUUUCACCAUCCCCAGGGCUGAACCAGUGAGGCCAAUUGACCCUGCAGCGUGGAUCUCUCAUACCACAGCCAUGACGGGAGCGUACCCCCGUUACGGUAUGAGCCCCUCCAUGAGCAUCACCACAUCUACCAGCUCCUCACUAACAAGCUCAAUUCCCGAUUCGGAAAAAUUAGAAGAAUCUCCCUUAACUGUGAAGAGUGACAUGGCUACUAUUGUCAAGGUUAUGCAGCUACCAGACUCAGGCCUUGAAAUUCGGGACAGGAUGUGGUUAAAAAUUACCAUCUCCAAUGCAGUGAUAGGCGCAGAUGUGGUUGACUGGCUUUACACACACGUGGAAGGCUUCAAAGACCGACGGGAGGCUAGAAAAUAUGCCAGCAGCAUGUUAAAACAUGGCUACCUCAGGCACACUGUGAACAAAAUCACCUUCUCGGAACAGUGCUAUUAUGUCUUUGGAGACCUCUGUGGCAAUAUGGCUGCACUGAACCUUAACAAUGGUUCUAGUGGAGCCUCAGAUCAGGAUACCCUUGCUCCGCUUCCACAUCCUGCCGCUCCCUGGCCAUUAGGCCAAGGAUACCCAUACCAGUAUCCUCUGCCCCCUCCGUGUUUUCCACCAGCAUACCAAGACCCAGGCUUUAGCUAUGGGAGUGGCAGUGCAGGGAGCCAGCAAAGUGAAGGAAGCAAAAGCAGCGGCUCGAACCGAAGCAACAGCGAGAACAGCAGGAGAGCUCUGGGCAGAGAGAAGGACCGCAAGUCGGCUGGCAGCGGCAGCGAGUCUGACCACACUGCCCGCAGCGGGGGCGGCGCCAGUGUCGUGCGUCGGGAGAGGCCUGUCAGCCAG